GGGAUCUGUAGGUGGAUCAGUUGGUGGAUCUGUUGGAGGAUCAGUUGGUGAAUCCGUUGGAGGAUCAGUAGGGGGUUCCGUUGAAGGAUCAGUAGGGGGUUCCGUUGGAGGAUCAGUUGGUGGGUCCGUUGGAGGAUCAGUAGGUGGGUCCGUUGGAGGAUCUGUAGGUGGAUCAGUUGGUGGAUCUGUUGGAGGAUCAGUUGGUGAAUCCGUUGGAGGGUUCGUUGGUGGAUUUGUUGGAGGAUCAGUUGGAGGAUC